AAUAGCAACAGAGAUCCUCAAAUACAGAGAGAGAGAGAGAGAGAGCGAAAAAAUCAGAUAUCGUUAAUGAGCUGCUCAGUUCUGUUCUGCUCUGGGAUUUUCAGAAUCUGCCGUAGGCCCAUAGUAGCAUUAUACAUCCUGGAGAGUUUCAGAUAUUAUCUGUUUCUCUCUCUUGCCGUCCCUUUCUCCGGCUAAUCCAUUCAUAGGAACUAACGGGCACCAUCUCCCUCCGACGAUUACAAACUGGGGGUUUGACUUUGCGUGACAGUGCUCAGUUUCUCCGACAUCAAUGUCAGUUCGAAAAAAAUGGUUCGUUUUAUUAACGAGAUGUUGAGAGUCAAAUCCUCUCCUUAAAAAAGGGAUUCUUUCUGUUAUAUCGCGGAAGUCGAGGCAGUCUGGGAGAUUCUCUACGGAUCAUACGCGUUGAAGACAUUAUUGGGGGAAAAGUGUUCGUGUUUGGCGUGGUGGAAAAUGUUUCCUUCCUUAUUUUUAAGGAGGUAAAAUGAUUUUCCCGGAUAGCGUGUGGAAAUGGAAACGAGGAAUAUGGAUGCGAGAUUAUAUGCGAUAACUAAGGACAGAAUUCCAUUAAUUAGGGUACCGUUUGUUGCUCAUCUCUCUUUUAUCAACUAGAAUUAAUUGCAGAGAGGGUUCACCUUCCCCUCCUUUCCCCAGUGGUGAGUUGACCUUUUUAUCAGGAUUUCCUAGAUAAAACUAAAUAAGCUCUGCUGGCUAUGGAGACUCUUUGUUCCCCUUCUUCUCGCAGUCUUCGGCUUUAAUAUAUUAUCCAGUUUAAUUAAACCAUGGAAUGCCGCUUUCUCGGCUUCUCUACCACCUAAGAUCUCUCUCUCUCUCUCUCUCUCUCUCUCUCUGCCUAUUUGCGAUUUGAGAGAAUUACUUAGUCCUCACAUAGCGUCUUUCUUUGUCCCUGAUUUGUUACCUUGAUGGUAUUAUUUAGUUUUUUUACCUGAUUUUCGAGCUGUCUUGUUUCUGGGUGCAUUGAGAAAUUUAGGAAGUUUGUCUUUUCAGAUGUGAUAAGAGAGAGGGUUUGUUCGAUUGUCCCUCAUAGCGCUGAUCGUGAAGGUAUCCAAUUUCUUUUUUUUGUUCCUAUUUGUUUGACCAUUUUUUUUUUUCAGUUCUUUGGGUCUGUGUUUUGAGUGGGAUCCGACUCAGAUCUCUGAUAUUCUGCCAUUUUGGUUUUCCUUGUUUUUUCACAUGGGAUUCAAGUGAAAGUCCAUCUGCGAUUUCACUGUUAGCUUUUGGAUGUCUUCUCUGUUUUUGUUUAUUAUAAUGGCUUGUGUUCUUCAAAGCUAAGUGCUAACAGACAAAACGAAGGUAGGAAUUUCGUAAAACGAAGUUCAAACUCGUAUUUAUUUAUUUACUUUGAAUUGGUUUAUCAUUUAUGGAACCUUUCUAAAAGUUUUAACUUUUUCUCGUAUAUUGAGAACAGGCUGCAGAUUCCACAAAAUGGGUCGAAAGUUUGCCCUUUCUCGUCCAUACGAAAAUUAUUAAAAAAAUGAAAACCGUUUAGACGAAAGUUCUUUUUUUUUUUUUGGGUUCAUCGAUUCAUUUACUUGUAACCUAUGACUGUGCAACAAUUCUCGUUGCAUUUUAUUGGAGACAUGUUUCUUGUGUUAGUAAAAGCAGUAGUUUCAUUGAGGCGUGUUUGCUUUUUAUUAAACUCAAUAUUGUUUAACGUUAUUUUGUUGGAAACUCGGAAGUUGCACGUCUUUUUCUGUUCACUUACUACCAUUGGCUACUCAAUUGAAAAUUGGCUAUUCUAGAUUGACAUCCUUAAUAUAGCAAAAGGCAAUGUAGGAACCUAUGAUUUCUUCUUUUCGUGUAAGGUUGCAUCUUUUCUCUUUCAUAAUGUGAGAGUAGCAGCAAACCAUUUUUUUGUUGCCCGAAGUUCUAGAAGAGUCAUGUUAUUAUUGCUGUUCUGUUUCUGACCCUUUGUUUUAUAUUCUUGGAAUUAUCUUUCUUUUGGAUUGCUAGUAUUCCCACUAUUCUCCACUUGCCGAGACUACUGUAAUCAGUUGAUUCAGAGCAUAUGAAAACAAUAUUUGGCUGUAGUUUGUUACAUUGCAGUGAAUCAGUGAGGGCGGUUCAGUUGCUUUCACCUAUCCGAAUUGUUGAAAGCUCAAAAUCUCACGCACAAUUGCUUCAGAAUUUUCACCCAUCUUUCCCAGUACCUGUAAACAUGAAACUUGAUAGUGAACCAGUGUUCUGCCAUUCAACUCUUGGCCAUAAGCCUGAUUCUAAACCUUUUGACUACAAUGACAUUGCUCUGGAUUCUGCUAUGAAGUCUCAAAACCUAAUCAUGACAGAAAAUCAGAGUCUCUUGUGUGACUUAAAGGGCGAUGAGAAGGAUGCAGUGCCAUUCUCGAAUGCUACAAAUGACGGAGAUGGUUGGACUGCCAUAAAGUUUGAUUGUUCUAUGAGCAUGGUUGAUAUAAACAAUGAAAAUAAAGACGAGGUCAAAGAUUUUGUUGCAUUGCAUAAUCAAUCUUCCCAAAAAACAGAAUCAUUUGACAAGGACUUGCAUUUUGUUAUGGACAAAGGUGUUAUGGAAUGUGAACUGCCAGAGUUGACAGUUUGCUACAAAGGGAGUACUUACCAUGUUGUCAAAGACAUCUGUGUUGAUGAAGGCGUGCAUUCCCGCGAGAAGAUCCUGUUUGAGAGUGGUAGAGAUAAGAAAACUGUGUGCAUUGUUCUGCCGCCUGAUAAGGAUCAAAACAAAGAAUUGGCAAAAGAAAAAGAAGAUAUUGAUAUUUCUGGUCCAGAUGGAUUAAAUUUUUCAGCAGAAAAUUAUUCUGACAAGGAUUCUACUAAUCAAUACGAUUCCAAGGACUCGAUGCAGACAGGGGAAGAUGCCACUGGUAGUAUUCUGACUGAUGCCUCCAAAAAGAUGUUUUUCCCUGGAAAUAUGCUUCCAAUGGUAGCGAGCGGCGUGUGUGCUUCCCAAUUUGAUUGUUUGAGCAAUGACAGCAAUAAAGUUGAACAACAGCCCUUUCAGGUCUAUGGUGAAAGACCAAUCUUGGCUGGUCCUGCUUUGGUCUCUGCAGUCGAAGAAUCAAACAAUAGCAGUGGGAAUAAGGUAUUGGCGAGCUCAACUUUGGUUUAUGCAGUGAAAGAAUCAAACAUUAGGAGUGUGGAUCCAAAGAUUGCAAGCCCUGAUUUUGUUUCUUCAGCUGAAGAAUCAAACAAUAGCACUGGGGAUCAAAUGUUGGCAAGCCCUACUCUUGUUCCUGCCACUGAAUUAUCAAACAGUAGUAGUACUGUCAAUGAGUUAUUUUACAAUAGCAAGGUGGAAAGUGGUAGCAUCACUUUCGAUUUUGACUCUUUAGAACCUUCAGAUAGUGGCAGACUGGAGGGUCUUGAAAAUGGUGACAGUGAAUGUCAUGAAACUCAAAAGACGUCAAAGGUUGAAAACGGCUUGUCUGAUGCUCAUACAGUUUCAAGGCGACAUCAACAUGCUCUAGGAGAGACAAGUUUUUCUGCAGUAGGUCGUGGAGAGGAAAGUUGCUCUGCAGCGGGUACUCUAUCGAGUCUUAUAAAUUACUCUGGUCCAAUGGGAUAUUCUGGUAGUAUCUCUCUUCGGUCAGAUAGCAGCACAACCAGCACGCGAUCCUUUGCCUUUCCCAUAUUACAGUCUGAAUGGAAUAGCAGUCCAGUUAGAAUGGCAAAAGCUGACCAGAGGCAUUUUCGGAAGCAUAGAUGUUGGAGGCAGGGCCUUCUUUGCUGUAAAUUCUGAAUGAGUCUUUUCUAUGCAUAGGGUUAGGGUCUGAUUUUAUACAUCACAAAAAAAUUUUAAUUUAUUGAAUAUGAAAAAUAUAUACAUCCUUUUCUCUCUUGUGGUGUCUACAUGUGAAGUAGGGUCUUAGUGUCAUGCAGGCAAGUUCAUGAGGUGUAGUAAUGUCGUAUAAUUUUCUGCUUAUCUGCACCUAUAUACAUUUUCUCCUAUAUAGAAGCAAGGCUUCAUUUUUA